UCAAACACAGUUGGAUCCAACGGACGAACCACCGAACAGCGAUCGUUCUCUCUCUCCCAGCUCUCUCUGCCAGCACUCUCUCUCCCAGCUCUCUCUCUCCCUGCUCUUUCUCUGUAAUCCUCGGCAGACAUCAUGAAUAAAUACGCCAUGAUGGCCCUUUGCCUAAUGGCCGCCAUGGGAGCCAUGCUCCUGGAGGCACAGGCCACGCCGGCAGGAACUGCAUCCGGUGGAGCCACCAAGCUAGAUCCCAGCCAGCUGGGAGGACUUUCAGCUCAAUUCCUGCCACCGGAAUAUCGCAACACCAAUGUCAGUGUGGAGGACAUCAAGCGCAUGUAUCGCGAAAAAUGCAAAAAGGUGAGUGGCAAGGAUAAUGCCACCUUUUAUGAGGAUAUCGAGAAAGCGGCAGCCAAAAUGAGUGCCUGCAUCAGUGGUGUGGCAAAUCUCACUGCCCUGCAGGAGGAAAUGGAACAGGCCAAACCACAAGGUGAAUUGGACACUGUUUUCCACAAAUAUUGCCAAAAGGCACCCGAGGCAGAGGCCUGUGUCAAGGAGUUCAAUGAGAAGGCUCAGCACUGUCUCACCGCCGAGGAGAAACGGCAUCAGGAGACAGUUUCUCGCAUUGGAGCCGCCUUACUGGGCUUUGCCUGCUCCCGUGGCGGUGAUCAGAUUGCACUCUUUGUGGCCGAACAGGGACCCGAGUGUCUAGAUGCCAAUAAGGAGGCCAUUAGCAAUUGCCUCAAUCAAUCCUUCCAUCAGUAUAUACCCAAGGAUGGCAAAGUGCCGGAUUUGAUGAGCAGCCCCGAGCUAUUGUUCUCGCCCACACAUUGUGUUGACCUGCAGCGUUUCGAGGCCUGUGUCCUGCAUCAUCUGGAGCAAUGUUCGGAGAUCACUCCGGCCAAUAUUGUUCAGUCAAUCUUUCGAUUUGUUAAGAAUGAGACUGAUUGUCAGGCCUGGAUGAAUGCCCGUGCCAAUGAGAAACCCAUUUUGAUGGCUGCCGCUGGCAAUAGUACUGGAGGAGGAGCCGCAGGACUUACCUGGAGCAUUGCGGCGCCUUUGUUGGGUGCCAUGUUGCUCCUGGUACGUCCUUGAAUUCGCUAACCCUGGACUCUGUGUGUGUAUGAGUGUGUUCAUGCCGAUAGCGAUUCUUUUGAUAAGAAGCGACUGUAUAUUACCUAUUACCUAGGUUCUUUUUGUUUUUUUUUUGUUUGUUUAAGAAAUAGUGGUCACUGGUCGCAAGUAUCGGUGCCAUAUAAUUUAAUGUCUCGCAAGGAAUUGAGCUUAUAAUAAACGAGAUUACGAGGAACGCAGCAAAACACCA